AUGGUAGGCUUCCGGCCGGGUCUCUCCACCCAGGAUGUGAUGCUCUUGAUUAAGAGGCAAAUUAUCGACCGACAAACCCAAGAUAUUCGGGGAGUAUUGGCCAUUGACCUCGCCAAGGCGUUCGAUACCAUUUCACAUAAGUUCGUCCUGGAGGCGGUCGAGAGCAUGGGGCUGGGACCAAAGUUCCACGCCUAUGUUCGUGCCGUCCUCCGGGACCGCACAGCAACCAUAAAGAUUGGCCAAUUAAAAUCGAGGGCCUUUACCGUGGGUGCGAGGGGCACGCCGCAGGGAGCGGUCAUUUCGCCUCUCUUGUUCAACAUAGCCAUGAAAUUCCUCUCAGAGCGUCUUUACACUGUAGCGAAUACCAACCACGCCCUAUAUGCGGAUGACAUUACUGUCUGGUGCAUGGGAGGUUCGGAUGCUGAGGUGGAGUAG